GUUGUUCUUUGAACAUUUAACUUGCUUUUCUAGGAAAAGAAUGCAAUGACCAAGGAAGUUCUUAAAUGAGCUCAGGACUUUUGCAGAGACAUGGUCCUGGUAAUAAAACUGCUGCUCCUCACCUGCCUCUGGCCAACAGCUGUGCUAACUAGUGUCAGUUCUCAAAGUGAUCAUCAUCGUUUUCUUCAUCAUCAUCAUCAACAGAAAUGCUCAUCCAUGAAGAAGCAUAACAGCAAACGAGAAAUUAAAAUGAGGAAAUUAGACAGCACCAAAGUACGCCCGCUAAAGGCUGAGCAGCUUCUCCGUAUAGACAGCCAUGACUUUGCAAUGAGACCUGGAUUUGGAGGACCACCAAUACCAGUGGGCAUUGAUGUGCAGGUGGAAAGUAUUGACAGCAUUUCAGAAGUUGACAUGGACUUCACGAUGACCUUAUACCUCAGACAUUACUGGAAAGAUGAGAGGCUUUCAUUUCCUAGUACCAAAAAUAGAAGCAUGACCUUUGAUGGAAGACUGAUCAAAAAGAUCUGGGUACCUGAUGUAUUUUUUGUCCAUUCCAAAAGAUCUUUCAUCCAUGAUACAACUAUGGAGAAUAUAAUGCUCCGAGUGUACCCUGAUGGCAAUGUACUCUUCAGCCUAAGGAUUACUGUUUCUUCCAUGUGUUUUAUGGAUUUCAGCCGAUUCCCUCUGGACACUCAGAACUGUUCUAUAGAACUGGAAAGUUAUGCUUAUAAUGAAGAUGAUCUAAUGCUGUACUGGAAACAUGGGAAUGAGUCGCUGAGCACGGAUGAGCACAUCUCCCUUUCCCAGUUCUUCAUUGAAGAGAUCAGAGCUUCUAGUGGACUAGCUUUCUACAGCAGUACUGGUUGGUACAACCGCCUUUUUAUAAACUUCGCCCUAAGAAGGCAUAUUUUCUUUUUUGUGUUACAAUCCUAUUUCCCAGCUAUGCUGAUGGUGAUGCUGUCCUGGGUUUCAUUUUGGAUUGACAGAAGAGCCGUUCCUGCUAGGGUAUCACUGGGCAUAACUACUGUGCUGACCAUGUCAACCAUAAUCACAGGAAUAAGUGCCUCAAUGCCUCAGGUGUCUUACAUAAAAGCUGUGGAUGUAUACUUAUGGAUCAGUUUUCUUUUUGUCUUCCUGUCUGUCAUCGAAUACGCAGCUGUGAAUUAUCUCACCACAGCAGAAGAGAGAAAACAACUCAAAAAAAGAGGGAAGGUUUCAGGAAUGUAUAACAUUGAUGCAGUACAAGCAAUGGCCUUUGAUGGCUGUUAUCAUGACAAUGAGGCUGACAUUGAUAUGACCACCUUUGCGGUCCACUCUGAAGAGAGCUCAGCCCGCGGACGGGUGGCCAGCAUCCCCAACCUGGACGCAACCCGCAUAAAAAGGAAGAGAUCCUUGAAAGGAAAUGUGGGCAGGAUUAUUUUGCAGAACAAUCACAUCAUUGACACGUAUUCCAGGAUUAUAUUUCCCACUGUGUAUAUUGUAUUCAACUUUUUUUACUGGGGUUUGUAUGUAUGAAAGGAAAACACUAUAAUCUAUGCACUAUUUUGCACAUAAGGAUCGCAGAAUCCGUGUUUUUUUUUAAAAGAGCAACAGCAAUAGAAGAAAUGUUUAAAAGUUUUUGAAAUUGAGUCAGACAUCGGU